AUGGCAGAAUUAUCUAGGCUAAGGGUAAUUGCCUUAGGGUUUAGACUUGACUCGGCCAGUCUUGUUCGCAUGUCACUUGAGCAGUUUCUUCUCGCUAAGGGAAUUUCGGCGGAGAAGACACUGGAAAUUGAAUACAUAAAAUCAGUGGCUCCUCGGAAACAGGAGGAGCCUUCUUUACAUAAUGAUUGGGUUAGUGCAGUUGAUGGAUCUUGUCCUCGGUUCAUUUUGACUGGGUGCUAUGAUGGAUUUUGGAAGGUAUGGAGAGGUGCUGGACAGUGCACGCAUAUGCUAGAGGGACACAGUGAUGCAAUUACUUCGGUUGGUAUCAUAAAUCAUGGAGAUACAGAUACUGUUACAGUGGCCACUGCCUCAAAAGAUCAAACUCUCAGGCUGUGGAAGUUUGACACAGCAAAGAGCAUAAAAAUCAUCCUACAACGAUUUAGGGAGCCUUUCAAAAUUUUGCUUGUGGACACUAAUGGCAUCUGUACAGAAAGGUCUGAUACAGAAGGCAAUUUGGUGUCAAUUAAAAAGAGAAAAGUGAAAAAUGAAGCCGAGGAAUCUCAGUUAGAGAGGGAGUCUUUUUCUACACUUGUGGGCCAUACACAAUGUGUAUCUGCUGUUGUUUGGCCAGAACGUGAAACAAUCUAUUCUGCAUCCUGGGAUCAUUCUAUUAGACGUUGGGAUGUGGAGACAGGCAAAGAUUCAUCAAAGAUAUUCUGUGGAAAAGCCCUCAACUGUGUACACAUUGGAGGAGAAGGUUCAGCUCUGAUUGCUGCCGGAGGCUCUGAUGCUAUCCUUAGGAUAUGGGAUCCACGAAAACCAGGAUCUUCUGCUCCUAUUUAUCAGUUCUCUUCUCACACUUCUUGGAUUUCGGCCUGCAAGUGGCAUGAUAAAUCUUGGUUUCAUUUACUUACCUCAUCCUAUGAUGGGAAAGCAUGUUGUGGGAUCGUAGACUGCAAGGGUACUUGGCCUCUAGCUGUUAUUGAAUCACAUGAAGACAAGGUGCUAUGUGCUGACUGGUGGAAAAGUGAUAGUCUAAUCAGUGGUGGGGUUGACUGUAAGCUUUGCAUUUCUUCUGACAUUUCUAUCCUGUAAGGGAAGAAUUAUGAAGGUGUAAAGUAAUAUCUGGAGAACGUGAGAUGAAG